AUGCACGUCCUAGGCCAUGAAGUUGAUUUUGUGAAUCUGAGAAGCGAGACUUAUGCAGAGGACAGUAGAAUACCGGAGAUUCGAAUUGGCACCCCACUUGAAGAUGCGCUUAGGCGGGAUAUUACAAUCAACGCGUUAUUUUAUAAUGUACAUACUCGAUUAGUGGAAGAUUUGACCGAAAAGAUCUACGAGAGGGUAUCGCUCGUACCCCUGGCGCCCCUACAAACUUUCCAAGAUGAUCCAUUACGGAUACUUCGUGUAUCCGAUUCUCGAGCAGAUUUGGGUUCGAGAUUGAAAAGAAGCGGGAAGGCGAUGCACGAACAGAGCAUACAAGUGGUUCUCGUUGGGGUUCUAUCAAUACUUAGUGGCGCAUUCAGGAUGCAUUGUAUCGAGAAAUAUGGUAUCUAUGACACGGUGUUUGGAAUACCUCCGGAUCUGGUUGGGAAGGCUACUGGCAUACAGCACUCACGAUCUACGGGAAUUCAUGCCGCGAGUAUACUAUGUAAUUUCUUCAACUCUGUGCCGACCACAUUACCGAUACCUCAUUAUGAGCUGCUCAAGCAGGCUCACGAAGACCAUGGACUUCGCCAAAGGUUAAUUUUUGCAGCUGCACUGACACCAUGGAGGGAUAUGAUUUAUCCCCAAAAGAAGGGACACCAAUCGGCUGUCGAACUUAUUGUCAAGGAAGGGCUGAAAAUUGGGAGCCAGAAUCACUUCAUUCCGAGCGUACCGAAACUAUUUGCUGCGCAUAAGAAAUCUUCAAACCCAUCGCUUGAAAAGUUUGAAGGCCCUUCUCAGCGAGCGAACUCACUGGUCUUCCUCGUUGCUCUUUUCUCUCGUACAGGACCUGGUCGAUCUCAUAGACGAUCAAACACACUAGAUGAUUUGGAGGCACAACGAGUUGUUCAAACAUACAAUGAACUUGUCGAUCGUGUAUUAGAACUGGACCUAGUCAAGUCGAUUGAAGAGCCCCCUAGAUUGAAUGGAAAAGAAAUUAGCACAGUUCUAGGGAUUAAACCAGGGAAAGAAAUUGGGAUGUACAUGGAACAUGUCGUCCGGUGGCAGCUUGAACACCCGGACGAGAGUAUCGAUGCAUGCAAAGUGUGGCUGAAGGAUCUGCACCAAUCCUCGAUUAAUGGAGGCAGUGGUUGGCUGCUCAUGCUCCCAAGCGGGCCCGAGUAUGAAAGAGCGCAGGCUUGGGAGGCAGGACUUGGUAGUGGCUGUACCCUUAGUCACCAGGCACAACAACCGGUACCGUCCUUGGAGGUUGUGUUCUUUCCAUCUCAUCUCAAUCGCACCUUCACUGUUUACCUGCUCCGCCAUCUGUCCUUACUCGUGUUCGCGGGAAUCGGGCUUGCUACUCUUAGCUUGUUACCACGGGUAUAUUCGCGGUCAAACUGGCUCGAACAGAGCUUCUAUUUCGCUUGGGGAGAUUCGUCGAUCCCCUUCACUGUACCCGUCACCACCCAAUGCGAGACUAUAAAGGUACAAUGGCAGCGGAGGAGUGCGACCGGCCCUGAUCCCGUAGCACCUUACACGCUCCAGGUCUUGACUUCCAAUUACGUCGUCCCAUUCUAUAUCAAUGCCGGCUCGUCACUAUCAUAUGACUUCACCGUCCCAUUCGCUCCCGGGACCCAGUACCAAAUAUGCAUGUAUGACUCUAAUGGGCAGACGGGCGGAUGUCAAGCGACAUACACUGUGAUCCCCGCAACAGGUACACCUUCGUGCGCCAACGUGACCUUCCCCCAAACGCUCGAUGUAGAUGCCAAGUCUUCCACCGGUCCGUUGAGCCAAUACGGGUGGCCCAAUCAGUGUACCGACAUCAGCUUGACGCCAAAGUCAGGCACACCGCCUUUCACAUUCACUGCCGCGCCCGCUCUGCAUCCCCCUGUCAAUAUAACUUCCAAUUCUAUGGCUCCUAUUAAUUGGACGAUCGACUUGUCGUGGGGAAGUCCAUUCUUCGUUACGCUCGCCGAUUCUUCCGGUCGCAUGUGGUCAUAUGGGCCGUUGCAUAGUGGAGGGAAUGGAGUUGAUACAUGUUUGUCCGGUUCAAAUUCGAGUGUGCCUUUAGGUGCAACUGUAGGGGCAGUUAUAGGCGCGUUUGUGAUAGGUGGUGUAUUAGCAUCGUUACUGUUCUUCUUUGUAUCACGCAAGAGGCAUAAUGGUGGAGCGAUGGGUGGACGCCCUUCACUCACAUCACUUGACCUGCGCGAACCCUCAGCAAGAGGUCAAGAGCUUCGACCAACUCCAUACAUUACAAGUCCCACCGGUUCACGCGCGUUAUAUUCUCCCCUGGGUACUCGUGAGGAAAGCUAUUCUACGAUGAACAGUGGUCGCCCGUUGAUGCGAACCGGUUCGCGAUCGAGUUUUGGAAGAGAGCCAGCGGGUCUGGCUACCACAGGCCUGCAAGCCGAGCCAUUCAACCCUGCUGGGGCUCCGACUGCAGCGGCCUCGGUCAUCCACGAGCGCCAAGGUACAUCCACGCAACGAUCGUCAUCGCCGCCACCGGCUUCUCCAAUCGAAGGACAUGGGCGAUCAGAUUCAGGCCGGGACACAAGAUCACAAGUGUACGUCGUCCACCAUGACGGGGGGCGUGCGCCUGUGACAAUUAUGACAAGCGAUGGGGCGGAGGUUGUCGAGCUACCGCCUGGAUACAGUUCAGUGCCAGAGAGUAGCCGUCAGCGGGCGGGAGAUUCGUAUGGACGUUCCGGGAAGGGUGCACUUGGACGGUAA